AUGUCGCUUCCACAAAGACCGGCCAAUGCGCCAUCUUCGCGACGUGAGGAACCACAGCCGGGAUUCAGAGAAUCAUCGAGACGGCGGCGCCAUGAUGUUGAAUCCGGUGCCUACACCGACGUACCACAAUCACCAUACUCCCCGACGUCUCCAAGGAGACACUCCCAAUCGCAUAGACGCCAUGUGUCUCAGUCCUCCGCGAGAGCCGCUGCUCCCAAUCCCUCGACUGGCUUGGGUAGAAAGAUAUCCCUCGUACGCCCGGAAAGACGCCAGCUAGAUCCCGAUCAUCCGAAUUAUCAUUAUCUGCAGCAUGCGCAAAAUAAGAAUAUCGCUACAUACCCAUCCACAACUGGCCAUGAUCCCAUUCUGGAUGGGACUGGAGAGACCGAGACCCAGAGCACAGAUAGCUCCUUGAAGACGGCCCAUAAGACAAAUCUUUACGGAGCGGAGGGAAAUUUGAACAAACCGAUGGAACGAAUCGAGAAAGCUUCAACGAGCACUCGCGAGAAACGGAAGAUACAUCGAAAAGGCUCCAAAAGACAUGCAGCGUCGCAGGAUAAGCGCCAGCAAAAGGCGCGGGAACAAAUACAUCCACCGAGCUUAUGGUACGCCUACUGCGCGGUAGUGACCUUCUGGGCUCCCGACUUUGUUUUGAAAUGUUUUGGCAUGCCUCAGGUGGACCAGCGCCGAGCCUGGCGCGAAAAGAUGGGUCUGAUCAGCGUUAUUUUGCUCAUUUGUACCUUUGUCGGAUUUUUGACCUUUGGUUUCACCGCGGUCGUAUGCGGCUCUACCACCGUGCGUUUGCAAGUUAACCAGGUGGAUAGCGGCUACAUGAUUUUCCAUGGUGAAGCUUAUGAUCUGUCCCGGUCCUCCCAUCCACCUGCCACUGGUAUCCCGGACGGGUCUAACGUUCUUUAUGAUCUUCCAACAAAAUAUGGCGGUCAAGAUGGCAGUUUUCUGUUCCAAAACGUCAACGGCGCCUGCAAAGAUAUUAUUACCUUGGCAGAAGGUUCCGACGUACCAACAAACAGCAACGGCGAUCUCGCUUGGUAUUUCCCCUGCAACACCUUCAACCAAGAUGGUUCGUCCCAACCUAACGAGACUAUUCCUUAUUAUUUCGGCUAUUCUUGCCAUCUUUCGGGUUAUGCACGGAAUCAAUUCUACAGCUUGAGGUCUUCUGGCGACGUCUAUUUCACCUGGGAGGACUUGAAGAACCAGAGCCGCAACCUCAUCGUGUACUCAGGAGAUGUGCUUGAUCUGAAUUUGCUCAGAUGGUUCAACUCAACCCAGGUUAAAUAUCCAGCCCUUUUCGACGAAAUUCGUGAGAAUGCGGAUGUCACUGGAACAGACGUCACAUACGCCUUCCAAUCUUCUGAGGACAAGAAGGUUGCCAAGUGCCUUUCUCAGAUUAUAAAAGUCGGCUCUAUCGAUACUAAGACUAUAGGUUGUAUUGCCUCACAAGUGGUUCUCUACGUGUCGUUAAUCUUUAUCUUGUCCAUUGUGGCUGCCAAAUUCUUUAUGGCUGUGAUCUUCCACUGGAUAUUAUCAAGGAAAUUUGCCCCCGAGCGGACGACAAUGACAUCGGAUCGCAAAGCUCGUGCUCAGCAGAUUGAAGACUGGACAGAUGAUAUUUAUCGCCCUGCGCCACGUCUUGCCGAUGCCCCUGUCCCCGAUCGCACUGAACGCCUGAAUAAUAAACGUGCUAGCUUCUUGCCGACCACCUCUCGUUUCUCCAGCCCAUAUGCAGUUAGUGGCAGCGGCAGGACUAAACUUCAGCCAACCACCAUGGCUAACCAAAACUCAACGUCUCGUCUUGUGCCUACAACCACCUCUGGCUCUAUAUACAAAUUGGGACAAAAUAGCAGCAAUGCUACGCUCAGUGCUGACGCAAUGUCUCGCCACAAUGACACUGAUAGUAGAGUCAGUUUGAUGAUUACUCAGUCUGACCAAAGACAUUCAACUCUUGUAGGCUCUAGCGAAGGCCCAGCUGGGUUUAUUCACGAAGCUGUCGUGCCGCAACCACCACCAGAAUGGCAACCAUUUGGUUUCCCAUUGGCUCAUGCAAUGUGUUUGGUUACAUGUUACUCCGAAGGCGAGGAAGGCAUUCGAACUACCCUAGACUCGGUUGCCAUGACAGACUAUCCCAACAGCCACAAGACGAUUGUUGUCAUUUGCGAUGGUAUGAUUAAGGGCAAAGGCGAAGAGUUUUCCACUCCCGAAAUUGUCAUCGGUAUGAUGCGGGAUUUCGUUGUACAUCCAGAGGAAGUUCAACCUUUCUCCUAUGUAGCUGUUGCUAGCGGCUCCAAGCGACACAACAUGGCCAAGAUUUACUCCGGUUUUUACGAUUACGGACAGGCAUCGAUCGUUCCUGUCGAAAAACAACAGCGUGUGCCGAUGAUGGUCAUUGUUAAGUGCGGCACUCCGGAAGAGGCCAAGGUAUCAAAGCCUGGAAAUCGUGGUAAACGAGAUAGUCAGAUCAUUCUCAUGUCGUUCCUGCAAAAGGUUAUGUUCGAUGAGCGUAUGACGGAACUCGAAUUUGAAAUGUUCAACGGGUUGUGGAAUAUUACUGGUAUAUCGCCUGACUACUACGAAAUCAUUCUGAUGGUGGACGCCGAUACGAAGGUCUUCCCUGAUAGUUUGACACACAUGGUCUCCGCUAUGGUCAAAGACCCGGACAUUAUGGGUCUCUGUGGUGAAACGAAGAUUGCUAACAAAACCGACAGCUGGGUCACUAUGAUUCAAGUUUUCGAAUACUUCAUCUCUCAUCACCAGGCCAAAGCGUUCGAGUCUGUCUUCGGUGGUGUUACCUGUCUUCCUGGUUGUUUCUCUAUGUACCGCAUUAAGGCGCCAAAGGGCGGCCAGAAUUACUGGGUACCAAUUCUCGCCAACCCUGACAUCGUGGAACAUUAUUCAGAGAAUGUUGUUGAUACUCUGCACAAGAAGAAUUUGCUCUUACUGGGUGAAGAUCGUUACUUGACAACACUGAUGUUGAGAACAUUCCCCAAACGAAAGCAAGUUUUCGUUCCCCAGGCAGUCUGUAAGACAACUGUGCCAGACAAGUUCAAGGUGCUUUUGUCUCAGCGUCGUCGUUGGAUCAACAGUACAGUUCACAAUCUCUUUGAGCUCGUGCUGGUACGUGAUCUUUGCGGUACAUUUUGCUUCAGUAUGCAAUUCGUCGUUGGUGUGGAGCUGAUCGGUACUUUGGUGCUCCCUGCCGCUAUCUCCUUCACAUUUUACGUCGUCAUCAUUUCGAUCAUUAGAAAGCCGGUACAAAUCAUUCCAUUGGUUCUUCUUGCACUUAUUCUGGGUCUUCCUGGUGUUCUUAUUGUCAUCACCGCAAACCGAUUCGUCUAUGUCCUUUGGAUGUUGAUCUACCUGCUCUCACUUCCUGUAUGGAAUUUUGUCCUUCCGGUAUAUGCUUACUGGAAGUUUGAUGAUUUCAGCUGGGGUGAUACUCGAAAGACAGCCGGUGACAUCAAAGGAGGAGGACAUGGAGACGCGGAGGGAGAGUUUGAUAGCAGCAAGAUUACUAUGAAGCGCUGGCGCGAUUUUGAAAAAGAACGACGACUUAAGAUAAGCGGCGCGCAAGGGCAACACGCAAUGUUUCCUUCAGGGGGCUACACCUAUCCCGGGGGAUACGACACCUACUCCGAUUACUAA